AUGGAGCACUACUCCUUGGCUGUCCUUUCUAAUACAGCCGCAAGACAUUUGGCAAGGGACCGCGGCGACAUAUACUCCAUGACCGUCAUGUCGUAUAGGGAAAGCGAAAGCUGCUUUUGGCUUAUGCCUGUGUGGCCAUCGGCUGGGGCCGCCGAGGAAAAUACUACUGAGAGUUCCUGUACGGACGAGCAGGCAGCACAACUUCUCUUGGAACUUAGGUACUCUGAUUCGAUUGAUGGAAGGCGUGACUCUACUCUACCCUUGGAGGCUCAGGUGGAGAAGGUUCAACAGCAACAUGAACGCCCGCAGUCUCCCUCUAGUACCGGCUGGUCAUCUACGGGCGCAGUUGGUUCGACUGAGAGCAUGAUUGAAAAACCUAGUCUCAGCUCGCCCAUCUCUUUACGGCCACUGCUGAACGCACAUGUCACUCCUUUAGACGAAUGCGCAAACAAAUACACAUCAGACCACUUGAUGUGGUGUCACAACGCGUCAUCACGAUUAGCGGAUGUAGUAGGGGUUGCGGCACAGCCUUCUCAUUUGCGCCAGUACUCGAAUGCAAGUGCUCAACAUGUCAACGGCAUAACGGAAUUGAUUGAUCAACUUCAACGAGCAUUUUAG